AUGGAUAGGUUGGCAUUUUUGGAUCAGGAACCGCCACCCGGCUAUGUUGCCGGUGUUGGAAGAGGAGCAGUUGGUUUUAGUACCGGAGCCGACUUCAAGCGAGAUAGGGAAGAUUUUGAUGAGGAAGAGGAGGAUAACGAUUUGGGGCUGGUAGACGAUAUUGACGAAGGAGGGUUGCUUUUGUCGCGUAAACGAGACUUGGACUUGGAUGUUGAGGAGGAGGAUAAGGCUUAUGAGGAAAUAGAGAGGAAACUACAGUCCAAGAGAAAACGACCGGCUAUGGUGGUAGCAUCCGCCGUGAUUGCAAGCGUAUCGGAAAAACCACGAUUCAAUGAUUUGAAAGAGGAAUUGAAAACUUUGACUGAUGAGGAUUGGUUACUGCUACCAGAAGCAGGUGAUAUGACUCGAAAGAAUAAGCGACAGCGAAUAUUGGAUCAACAACUGCAGAGAUUCUAUGCGGCACCUGAUUCUAUCUUAGCAAGUGCAAGUAACUUGGGAGGAAACAGCAUUUCAAAGAAAGCAACUGAGUUGAGUGCAGAAUUAGACAAACUUUUGCCAAGGCAUUCUGCUAUCACACAAUCGUCCACUACACCAAUGACAGAAGACGAAUUCUUGGAUGUUUCAGCAGUUGAUAGAGAUGCAAAAUUUGCAGAUUUGAAGAAAGGAAGAUUGAUACUUGCAUCUUUAAGGAAAAGCGAGCCUUAUAAAUCAAGUUCAUGGAUCCAAUCGGCAAGAUUGGAAGAAGAGGCUAGAAACUAUGAUAAGGCAAGAGAUAUUAUUCAACAGGGAUGCAAAACGAUUCCGGGAGAUGAAGAUGUGUGGCUUGAAAAUGUACGUCUUAAUAUGAACGAUACAGUUUACGUCAAAAAUAUGCUAAAAGAAGCUUUAAAUUUUUGCCCCAAAUCUGAAAAGCUCUGGCUAAAAUGGGCGGAGUUGGAAACUGAAAAUAAACAGAAAAGGAGAAUUGUAAUGAAGGGACUAGAGGAUAUACCAAAAAGCGUUGAUCUUUGGAAAAAAUUGGUAAAUUUAGAGAACAACCAGAAAACUGUUGAAAAACUUUUGAGUAAAGCUGUUGAAUUGUGUCCUCAUGAAUGGGAGUUUUGGCUAGCCUUAGUUAAUAUAUCUACUUAUACCGAAGCCAAACUGUAUUUGAACAAGGCUCGAAAAGUGUUGCAUGGAGAAUUGAAAGUAUGGACAGCGGCAUGCAAGUUGGAAGAGCGUGAAAACACAAACAUGUCAGAAACGAAGCUCAUGAAGUUGACCGAUAAGGCGGUGCAAGAAAACAAAGAUGCCGGACCACAAGUAUGGUAUCGGGCUGCGAGUGAAUGCUUGAAAGAAGGCUUUAACAAGACUAGCCGAGCAUUGGUGAGUAGUUUUCUACAUGCGCGCAUAGUCGUUGACUCCAAUGCGUUGAUGAAAGAAGCGGACGAGCAAAUCAAAAACGGGGAUCUAGAAAUUGGUCAUUAUAUACUAGAUUAUUUGAUUGGCGUUUGUCCGACAGAUUUGCAAGUAUGGGAAAGGCUACUAAACACGGUAAAAAAAACGAUGAAUUUGAAAUCAUUAUGGACUUACUAUGAAAAAGCAAUCAGUUUAAAUGUUGACACUGUGAGUCUUUACUUGAUGUUUGCUCAAGAUGUUUGGAAACUUUCCAAGGACGCUGAGCAAGCUCGUAUUGUGCUUUCGAAAGCUGAUGAGAAACUUGAUCAGGACAUUAUUAAAGUAGCUGUUAUAAACUUACUUUUCAACUCUGGUCAACUUGAAAAAGCAAAACAGUAUGUUUCUAAAAUUAUCGAAACUGAAAAAUCCAGAAACACCAAAUUUUGGUACAAAUACAUACACAUCUUGCGUUGUUUGGAUUGCUCCUUGGAUAUGAUUAUCAGAGUGUCCAAUGAAGCAUUGACUUAUUUUCCGACCAACUGGAAGUUGAGAGCACAAAACAUUCAAUUAUUGGAAACAGGAAACGAUACAAAUGUUGCUGAAAAAGCUGCUGCUGAGGCUGUUAAAGCAUGUCCUAGUUCGGCUACAUUGUGGAUCAUGUAUUCUGUUAUAGUUGAAAAACGAGGUAUUGUUAUGAAAGCUAGAUCUAUUUUGGACUCUGCAAUGUUGAAAAUUUCCAACUCACCAGAAUUGAAUAUUGCCAAAGUAGAAUUAGAAAAACGCCAGAACAAUAUAACUACAGCCAAAAACCUAGCUAAUAGGAAUUUGAAGCAGUUUCCAGAAAAUGCCUAUGUUUGGUACCAAUAUUUAUCGUUGAUUCCAAAGAUGUCAUACAGAAAACCUGAAUUUCUAAAUGCUUUGCAAAAGACCCAAAAUUCAUCUGAUAUCUUGAUGUACAUUGGUGUUUUCUUUUGGCAAGAUGGCAAGUUCCUUAAAGCAAAGUCAUGGUUUGAAAGGAGUUUGACAGCUAAUCCGAAUAACGGUGAUGCAUGGGGAUGGAUGUACAAUUAUCUAAAGCAGUUUUCAGGAGAAGAAGAAAGAAAUGCGUUUUUAGAAAAAUACCGCUUGGAGAAUGAGUGUGAUAAAAGAGAGGGAAGGGUUUACAACAUAGUGAAAAAGAAUCCUAAAAACUACAACAAGUCACAACUUGAAAUUCUUGAAAUGGUUUCGUUGCUUUUACUAAAAUUCUGA